AAGUCGUCUUCCUUGUCCGUUUUGAGAACAAGCCUGUCCGUGCUCCAGCCGGCCAUCGCAGCCUAGCAACGCGUAUUUGCAUCGCGAGAGCAGGGCAGCUAGCUGAUUCGAACGCAGAUGGCGGAACCCUCGAGCCUGCGUCCGAGAUACAACCCAACUCCAUGCUCUCCGUCGGCGAAAGAUUGUCUUCGAGAUAAAUCGGGCCAGACUUGGACUCCCCUGCUGUCUUGCCCUGCCGGAUAUCCCCAAGAACUGUUCGAAACAUCCCUAGAACAGAUGGUACACCACCCAGAGUAUAACUCUACGCUGAUCCUGCGAUCGGAAUGCUUGUCUGACAAGAAAGAUGAUUUUCCUGAAGGAAUACCGGCGCUCGAGGACCUGACUCCUACGCGAUGCAUCCGCAGGAAACUGCUCCCCAGGCGACCUGGGAGGGACUCCGCCUUGGAGCAGUAUUGUACCUUCUAUCGCUUGCCCACGGACCACGCGCCCUCUGUCCUCGUCCUCACGCCCAUCGUCCCUGACGGUGAAUCCCUGCCUUACUACCAUCCGGCUGUUCGCCAUCUUGCAUUCCGCUAUAUCGCGCCCACUGCCGAAAACGAAGAAGCGACCCUCCGCCUCGAGAUCGUUCCACUACCGGAAACGCCUACGGAUGUCAGCUCUCGCCUGUACCGCACCGGCCUUGCGCUCCUCGAGACCGCGCACCGCUACGGCUGGGGCGCGCUGACGCAGUACAAGAAGCGGGUGCAUCACGACUGCCUCGUCCCGCGGGAGCCGUAUCAGGAUCUGUAUCUCGUCAUGAGGGAGCGCCAUCGACAUCUGGUGGAUGAGUGGCAGGAGAGCACGGAUCCGCUGAAGCAUGUGUUCGAGGAUAUAGGAAUCGCGACGUAUCUGAUGCUUCUGUGGAAGUAUACGUACGCCGAGGACGCACACGGAGACUCGUCGACGCCGUUAGCAGACGAAUCACUACGCGAGGAGCCGUGGAAGAAAUGGCCGCGACCGCCCGGCGGAUUCGUCGAUCUCGGCUGCGGCAACGGGCUCCUCACCCACAUCCUCGCCAGCGAAGGCUACGCCGGCCACGGCUUCGACGUCCGCGCGCGCACCUCCUGGUCGCACUACCCGUCCGCCACGCAAGCCCGCCUGCGCGUGCACGCCUUCGAUCCCACUGCCACCACCACUGCCACCCCUAGCACCCUCCUCCCUCCCCACGCCUUCCUCAUCGGCAACCACGCGGACGAGCUCACGCCCUGGAUCCCCGUGCUCGCCACGCUCCACGCCGCCUCCGGUUACCUCUCCAUCCCCUGCUGCGCCUGGGCCUUCGACACCAAGUACCAGCGCUCGCGCUGGGCGCCGUAUCCCACGCCCGACGGCUUCGUCGAGGGUCUGAACCUCGGCGGCGGAGGCGCCGUCGCCAGCGGGUACUCGAUGUACCGCGUCUGGCUGGCGAGCCUGAGCCUGCACUGCGGCUGGGAGGUCGAGACGGAGGCACUAAGGAUACCAAGCACGCGGAAUUGGGCGAUCGUCGGGCGUAAACGAGUUGCUGAGAAGAUCGAGGAGGGUAGAGACAACGCGGCGCGCAUCGUGGAGGAAGUUCGCUCAAGGGGUUCUUUCGCGGCGAGGAGACCCGAAGGAAAGGCCGGAGAGCAUUAG